CUCCCCCCCUCCCCCUGUGUCGGGAGGUGGUAGGUUCCUCUCUUCAGAUGAGGAUUGGAGCGGAGGUUGUCGGGCGCCAUUUUGUGCGGGAGCUGAGUUCGAAGGAGUUUGCAGCCAUGGAAAUGGAAUAUAUUCGCGUGGCGGAGGAUGAGAAUGAAGAACCAAUGGAAAUUCCCUCUGAAGAUGACGGCACCGUCCUCCUAUCAACAGUUACAGCACAGUUUCCAGGCGCAUGUGGCCUUAGAUAUCGGAAUCCAGUGAAUCAGUGUAUGCGUGGAGUCAGAUUGGUGGAAGGAAUCCUUCAUGCACCAGAGACCGGAUGGGGAAAUCUCGUUUACGUUGUCAAUUACCCCAAAGACAACAAGAGGAAGAUGGAUGAAACCGAUGCUUCUUCAGCUGUUAAAAUUAAACGCGCCGUUACAAAAACCUCCGAUCUCAUUGUUUUGGGAAUUCCGUGGAAAACGACAGAGCAAGACCUUAAAGACUAUUUCAGUACAUUUGGAGAAGUAAUCAUGGUUCAGGUUAAAAAAGAUGCCAAAACGAGUCAUUCGAAAGGCUUUGGAUUUGUUCGCUUUGCAGACUAUGAAACACAGAUGAAAGUGAUGUCACAGCGGCACAUGAUAGACGGCAGAUGGUGUGAUUGCAAACUGCCCAAUUCUAAGGCAGAGCCAUACUUCUCUCAACUGAGCUAUCCUGGAAGAUUCAUGGAAAUACCAUUACCGCAGAACCCAGACGAGCCAACGCGCAGCAGAAAAGUCUUUGUUGGCCGCUGUACGGAGGACAUGAGUGCUGAAGAGCUUCGCCAGUUCUUCAUUCAGUAUGGGGAAGUUGUAGAUGUGUUCAUCCCGAAGCCUUUCCGAGCAUUCGCUUUUGUCACGUUUGCAGAUGACCAAGUGGCACAAUCUCUGUGUGGAGAAGACCUCAUCAUCAAAGGGGUCAGCGUUCAUGUGUCAACAGCAGAACCUAAACACAACUUCCGAUCGCACAUGGAUAGGGGUGGAAGAUUCCAAAGUCCAAACUUUGUGAACCAGGGUUACCCCAACAAUAGACCAAACAGCAGUGCCCUUGGUAACAACCAACCAAACAAUAUGGGGGGUGGCGGUGGAAUGAAUUUUGGGGCCUUCAGCAUUAACCCAGCCAUGAUGGCUGCUGCUCAGGCAGCACUUCAAAGUAGCUGGGGCAUGAUGGGUAUGCUGGCUAGCCAGCAGAACCAGCCUGGCCCACAGGCCAACAGUCAGGGCCAGGGGAAUCCGCCCAGGGAACAGACACAAGGUUUCGGGUCGGGUAGUAACUCCUAUGGCUCAAACUCUGGUGCUAUAGGCUGGGGCUCACCAAACGCUGGUUCUGGUACUGGGUUCAAUGGGGGCUUCGGCUCAAGUAUGGAAUCAAAGUCAUCGGGGUGGGGGAUGUAGAAAUGAUUUGUAAAUGAAGUGUAUUGGGUGACUGGGGUGAACAAACAUUUCCUAAUUUUGUGGUAAGUAUACUGUAAAAUCGUUUUCCUGAAGGUUUUCUUCAAGCGUGCAGCUGUGCCUGCUUUGUAAAGGUAGAUAGCUGGAUAGAUGUGUGCGUGAGCUUCAAAGCUGCAUGUUGAAGAAAACCUACUGGCAUUACCUGAUGUAUAACUUUAUUUUUUUUUUUUAUUAUUUCCAUUAUGUAAAUGAGCAAUUCUGAAUAUGUUUAGGACAGUCUUCCCUUAUUGUGUUCACUGCUUCGUCAACUGAUCUCUGCGCCUCACUUUUGUCUGCCCGGGACCUGGCACACGCAAGCAGCGCUCUUUAAUAAGCCACGCUGGACCUCUUCUUCCCCCUACACGUAUUACCCUGCAAGAACGCCUCCUCUGCGGCCUUUCUUUAGAACGGUGGGUGAGCCAUUUUUUUUUAAUCCGCUAAUUUUAUUUUUAUGGAAGACGUGCCAGCGCUUCUGAACGCACGGCUGUGAGGUGGAACCAGAAGGCUUGCUUGAACUGUGGGAUUGGUGGUACCAAGGAAUGAGAGGCUUGGGUAUGAGCGAGAACCGAGAGCGCGUGCGCAGACCUGGUGGUGCAUUAUAGGAAUAUAUAUAUAUUUUUUAACAUGAAGGUGGCGAUGUGUCUCUGGAUCCAUUGACCUUGGUGAUUGUGUGCAGAGAGCAGUGGGAGCCAGUAACGUACGAAUGUUUCUUGCAUUCAGAGGACUUGUCAAUUUAUGGAAGACUGAGGCCUUUCCUGCCUAAAAGCUUAUUGUUUGAAAUCAGUUUGUGUACAAAAAAAAUUCCCCUCCUCCCCCUUUCCUGAAAACGUCUAUUGAAUGUGAAUGCUGUAUGAGGUGUGCAUUCUUUUCUGUUCACUGAUAAUGUGAGUCUCUGUGAAUUGCAUUUGAUGCUGGCGGGGUGGGUGGUGAACGCUCUGGAGUGGCGUGAAAUGCUCCCUGUUUUUCUAGAGUGUUGGGACUGUUUUGGUUUGUAAGUUAUACCCAGAAUGCUGUUUGCUUCAGAUACGUGUUUUGUGUUUGGAUGCUUUUUACAAGACUUGUCAAUGUAGGAUUCUUAAAUAAAAUGGUUUAACUAAAA